AUGACGACCCAGGUCUCAGUGACGGUGACGACCCAAGGGACGGUGGCGGCGCACAAGCAUGGCGCAAGGAAGCACGUCGGCGGCAGGAAGUUCCGGCACGUCCACGGCCCCAGCUUCACCGGCGUCGACGAGGCAGCCGGCGCCGUGAGAGAUGAGUACCAUCUCACCCCCAAGGAUUGCAACCUGAGGAGCCAGGUCAUGCUGCUGAACGGCAGGGCGUUGGCCACCGACGUGGCGGGGAACAUCCCGACACUAGAGGCUGUCAAGGUGGAUGCGGCACAGCCCAUCGUUGUGGCGCCGUACUCCAUCGUGUUCGCUCGCAUUUCACAUUUCAAUGUCCGGCAUGUAGUUAGAGUAGUAGCUAGAUGGGUAGUAGAUUCAUAA